AUGGUGAAGCUCGCGUUCGGAAGCGUCGGCGACUCCUUCAGCGCCACCUCCAUCAAGGCCUACGUGUCCGAGUUCAUCGCCACCCUCCUCUUCGUCUUCGCCGGCGUCGGUUCCGCCAUCGCCUACGGGCAACUGACCAAUGACGGCGCGCUGGACCCUGCCGGUCUGGUGGCGAUCGCGAUCGCGCACGCGCUGGCGCUCUUCGUGGGCGUCUCCAUCGCCGCGAACAUCUCCGGCGGCCACCUGAACCCGGCCGUGACGUUCGGCCUGGCCGUGGGCGGCCACAUCACCAUCCUGACCGGCCUCUUCUACUGGGCGGCCCAGCUGCUGGGCGCGUCCGUGGCGUGCCUGCUCCUCAAGUUCGUGACCCACGGCAAGGCCAUCCCGACCCACGGCGUGUCCGGGAUCAGCGAGCUGGAGGGCGUGGUGUUCGAGAUCGUCAUCACCUUCGCGCUCGUGUACACCGUGUACGCCACCGCCGUCGACCCCAAGAAGGGCUCCCUCGGCACCAUCGCGCCCAUCGCCAUCGGCUUCAUCGUCGGCGCCAACAUCCUCGCCGCGGGGCCCUUCAGCGGCGGCUCCAUGAACCCCGCCCGCUCCUUCGGCCCCGCCGUCGCCGCGGGCAACUUCGCGGGCAACUGGGUCUACUGGGUCGGCCCGCUCAUCGGCGGUGGCCUUGCUGGUCUCAUCUACGGCAACGUCUUCAUUGGCGGCUCCUACCAGCAGGUCGCCGACCAGGACUACGCCUAA